AUGAACCAGUCCAGUGUGACCAUGAACGCGACAGACAUUGUAUACAUAACCGCGGAGGCCAUCGUUGGCCUGGUUACUGUGAUCGGCAAUAGCCUGGUUCUAGCAGCUAUUGUCAAAUCUCGCCGACUUCAUACAAUCACUAACGUAUUUGUGGGUAACCUAGCAAUCGCCGACAUUGUCGUGGGAAUACUUGUCGCCCCUAGCGCUGCCCUGUCGUUUAAGGGCAUCCCCAAAGACUUCUACGGCUGUAUCUUCAUCAACUGUCUUAUUCUCAUGUUCACCAACGUUUCAAUUCUCAUGCUUCUAUCGGUGGCAUUUGAGCGCUUCUUGGCCAUCAAAGAACCGUUUUUAUAUCACAGAUUAUUAUCCGUGCGUCGGGCAAUCUACACCAAUGUGUGCGUAUGGGUGGUCGGCUCUGUUUUGGGGCUCAUGCCAAUGUACGGGUGGCACGGUAACUACCGCGAGGAUAUGGGCUGCAGGUUUACGGAUGUUAUUACCUACGAAUACAUGGUCUAUUUUCAGUUCUUCGGACUGGUGCUUCUCCCGCUGUCUAUCAUGCUGUGCAUAUACAUUUAUAUUCUCAUCAUCGUUCGCAGACAUCUGCGGCAGACGAGCGUUCUGCACAACAGAUUCCAGCAAAAUGGCGAAACCAGUGACGGUUUUCACAAAGACGUCAGGGCGGCGAAGAUGUUUGCAAUGGUGAUUUUAAUGUUCGCCAUAUUCUGGUUUCCCGUGAACAUUUUCAACUGCGUCAGCCUCUUCUGUGGCAGCCAGUGCUAUUUCCCCAGCGAAGCAUUGCUGGUCGCGGUGGUCAUGAGCCAUGCCAACUCCAGUAUUAACCCCUUCCUCUAUGCCACAAGUAACAGCCGUAUCAAAGGCGCCAUCAAGGAGUUAUUUGGAAUCAAACUCAGCCCCGACGAGAGAAGCUCCACAGAUCACAAUCUCAUGCGCCACCCGCCUAACGAUUCUCCUAGCGCCAGAGAUAAUAACGUAGUCGCUAUACCUAAUGGAAACCAUAGCCCCAACUUUAAGGAUGAUUCUAAUCCGUUUAUUAUUUCUCACAAUAGAUUCCGUCCCGACACAGAUAAAAUGACAUCCACAGACAGUAAUCUAAACGACGAUGAAGAUUAUGACAUAAUGUUACAGCCAACUAACCAUGAUACAAUAAGGAGAGACGUUUGCGAAAAUUCCAAUAAUCAAUCGCCUAACCACCAUCCUCAACCAUCGCAGUUUUCAUUAUCCAUGUCUACCAUGGCAGAGCGACCACCUGAAUAUAGUGUAGGAGUGUCAACAAACCAACAAUGCAAAGCACACGACUACACACAGACAUGCCACAUCGGCAGUCAAGAAGAUGCUUUCAGACUGUCCACAACACCACCAUUAUCCCCGCUAUCGGAUAUCCAGUCUCAUUGCAGGGAUCCCGAUGACCCCAAUCAUCUGUACAGUAAACCCAUCACUGCUUUCGCCACUGCUGAGCCGUUCGGUAAGAAAGAACAUGGAUAUAAUGAUUACACAAGCCAGAGAACACUCGGCACCAACAUUCCUGAUUGUUUCGACUUCCAACAGAAAAACAGCUUCGAGCGCGAUCACAACGAUGGAGGUCAUAUACAGGCAGACGACAAGCGCUGCAGCCGAAAACAUCUGUGGUGUUGGAACGUUUCAGACCAAGAUGUACAGAAUAGUCUGGUCCUUAAAGAAGACCCACAUGACGUGUGUAAAUGCCAGAACCGGAAUAGCUCCUCUGAAUCCAAAGACAUUUUGAUGAUGAACAGGCGUAAUGACAACCGAUCGGCAGAAACAACGUUUAGUUCAAUCAGUACCCAUAGUAUCACUUCAGUUCCAAAGUCACCGACUUCUGUCGAACAAGACUUGAGGUUUAGUGACAAAACAAAAAGACAGAUAGACUGGGAGCAGCAGCUGAAAAGCAACACAGAUUUGAAGUCAAACGGUAAAGUUAAUGAAUAUGGAGUCUUAUAUAUCGACACAAAAGAACAGACACAAUUAUAA